CCGAAGCAAAACCGUCUAAUUGAGAACCGAUUUUCAGCCUCAUCGUUUUUUUUCAUUUUGUUUCUUCACUUUCUCAAAAUUCCUUCCCACUCUACAUAAAUUCUUCCAUUAAGCCCUAAUUUGUGCAAUAGAAAGCGAUCGGUCUCCGAUUCCACUAUAAUGGACGACAUCGCGAUAUUCCUCGAUGAAGACGAGGAUGAAACAGCGUAUUCCGCGGCGGACGUGGAGGCUUACGCAGCAGGAUUUGGCAGAGUAUUAGAAGGGGAUACUUCGACAUCGCAGCAGCUCUGUGAUCGAAAUGCCGGAAGCAGUGCUACUUCCGAUCAUGCUGGCAAUGCUACUUCCCAAAGCGGGCAAGAUAUUAUGUCUGCGAGGGAUAACUCCUCCCAUGCCGCCUCCUCAAUAAUUGCUAGUCCACACAUGAGAAGUAGCUGUCAACAGCCCGGUACCGCAUUCAAAUUGAAAAAUAUGGUUCCCGUUGGCAGACUGGUUUCCAUCCUACAACCCCAACUUGACCAGGACAGAGCUUUGAUACUUCAGACUCUUUUGCGGAAUCUAAAGAGAAAGGAGAUUCCUGUAGAUGUAGUUUUACAGCGUAUGAGAAGUCUUAUUGGAGACAAGAUGUUACGACCGGUCCUACUCAAUCUGCAGGGUGAGGGUGCUACUUACUCACAGAUUGCUGCUCUCAAUCAAGUUCAAUCAGCACAACUUCCAACAGAUGUGAGCAUAAGCAACAAUGAAGCAGCAAAAUCAUGUGAGGCGGAGAGGGAAGCAGAUUUGCAUGGAGCACAAGUAGGCCAGAUGUCAACCUCCACGGAUAAUAAGCAGCAGCAUAUGCAAUCCCCACCGGGAUCUUUUUCAACACAUAUAAGUUCCUGGAGAAGUAGGCAGUUAUCCACAACAACUGGAAAUAUGGCAAACAUGAAUCCCAACAUAGCGACACUACAAAUUCAAGCCCAGCGGCCAUCAUCCACCAGCGAAAAGCAGAAAGCUACUGUUUCUCCAUCCAUGACUCAUUCAAGCACUCGGCUGCAUCCUCUGACCGCUACUGUUGGUACUCAAAAUGAAUCAAAUGCUUCCCCCGAAAAGCCUCCUCUGGCAGGCCAGAAGAAGCCAAUGACAGCAUAUGGUUCUUUACCUCCAUCAAGUAAGAAGCAAAAAGUGUCGGAAUCCCUUGCUGAUCAAUUUCAAAGCAUUGAGCAUCUCAACGAUGUUACUGCAAUAAGCGGAAUCAAUCUGAGUGAGGAGGAGGAACAACUCUUUUCAGGAUCCAAGAAAGACAGCCGGGUUUCAGAGGCGGCUCGACAGAUAGAAGAAAAGCUGAUAUUGCAGAAGAUUCCACUUCAGAAAAAAAUGAUUGAGAUAAUGACGAAAUCUGGUUUGAAGAAUAUGACUUCCUGGCAGUUGCAAAGUCUGGAGCGAUGCUUAUCCUUGGCCGUGGAAGAGAGAAUGCACAGAAUCCUAUCAACUGCUAUCAGAUUUUCGAAACAGCGAGUCGAUAUAGAGAAGACAAGGCACAAGAUCACUGUCACCUCUGAUGUUCAGAAAGAGGUCAUGGCCAUAAAUCGUAAAGCUCGUGAAGAAUGGGAGAAGAAACAGGCUGAAAAUGAAAAGUCACAGAAACUGAAGAAACUUAAUAGUAAAGAAUCUAAAUAUAUCGAUGCUGAUAAGAAGGAUGAUAAACAUGAGAAAUCAACAAAGGUUAACAUGGACGAAGCUAACAAAAUGCGCGCUAAAGCUGCAAAUGUUGCUGCUGGAGCUGCUACUGGAAUAAACGAUAUUACAUCAAGAUGGAAGUUAAUGAUUGAGGCCAAGCAGAAAGAGGGCAGAUCUCACACUUCAUCUGGUCCUCAUACUAACAGAGACGUGCGACAAAAGCCUCUAGCAUCCUCUACUAACGGAGACAUGGGACGAAAGCCUCUAGCAUCAUCUACAAUAAGCACCAGGGAUCAAGCUAGCAUACCACCACAGGUGGCUCGGACCAUUUCAGUUAAGGAUGUGCUUGCCGUGUUAGAAAGAGAGCCUCAAAUGUCAAAAUCGACACUGCUCUACCGCUUAUAUCUGUCAUAAGGCCAGUUAUGCUAGUCUGUUGAAAGUUGUCCAGUUACCGCUUAUAACUGUCAUAAGGCACAGAGAGAUGUUCUUGUGAUUAAUUUCAUUAUAUUUGUAUAGAAUUAGCAAUAAACAGA